CAUAUGAAGUUCACAGUUCAUUUUCAAUCAAGCAGUUAAUCACAUUCGACAUUUUUCUCUAAUCGCUCGCUCUCGUUCUGUAUUUUUGUGUCGAACAAUGUAAUGUGUUAAAAUACAAUGUUGUUAUUCGUGGGUUCAAUUUUUACGUGUUUUUUGGCGACAGCUUUUGCUGAUCCCAUAAUAUCCAUAAAACAAGGCCAAUUGAAUGGUACUGUGCUGAAAUCCAGAAAUGGUAAACCGUUUUUUGCUUUUUAUGGUAUUCCAUAUGCAGAACCACCUGUUGGAAAGUUCCGAUUUGCUCCUCCGCAUAAAGCACCAACCUGGGAAGGACUACGAAAUGCGAUUGAAAAAGCUCCUGCUUGUAUUCAACCGCAAAAUUUCAUUGAUCCUAAACCCAAAUUGAAUGGCUCGGAAGAUUGCCUUUAUUUGAGCGUAUUUACGCCUGAGAUCAAUAAUUCGUCAAAGCUUCUGCCAGUAAUGGUGUACAUACAUGGUGGCGCAUAUUUUACAGGCAGUGGUGAUAAAGGCGCGAACUUCUUAAUGGAUAAACCCAUAGUGGUCGUUACGAUGAACUAUAGACAUGGCAUACUUGGAUUUUUAAGCUCUAAUGAUGCCAUAAUACCAGGAAACUAUGCUCUUAAAGAUCAAGUUGCAGCUUUAAGGUGGAUAAAAUCGAACAUAGCCAGUUUCGGAGGCGAUCCUAAUGCUGUAACUAUUUUAGGUCAGAGUUCAGGAUCUACCUGUGUGCAUCUACAUACAAUGUCACCUCUCAGUAAAGGUCUAUUUCAUCGAGCAAUUAUGCAAAGUGGUAGUGCUUUGUCGUACUGGUCGCAUUAUGAUCCACGAUAUGCCAAACGUUCGUUCGAUGAUGUCAUGAAAAAAGUAAAUUGUACGCAGAAUACCACCUUGGAGAUACUUCACUGUUUACGCCAACUGCCCGCUGAGGAUUUAAUUCAAGCAGAACAACAUUUCAGGGCUGAAAAACGAAUCGUAAUGAAAUUCCGGCCGGUGAUCGAAAAACGUAGAGUGAAAAAUGCCUUCAUGACUGUUUCGCCUCGUAAACUCAAUUAUCAGAACAUCAGCGUACCAUGGAUAAUGGGCUUCAAUUCUGCUGAAGGAAUGAUGGACGCUAUAUGGUUUUUAAGCAAAUCUGAAUCACAAAAGAAGAGAAUGAAUAAAGAGCUAAAUGCUGUAAUGCCUUUAUUCUUACACUAUAAAUACUUCUCAAGGAAAGAAAACGUGGCAAAUAUUACAACGGCUUUGAAAAAGUUCUACUUCAAAAAUGGAAAUUUCAAUGAAACAGAACAACAACAAUUAUGCAACCUAAUCAGUGACAUAGUAUUCGGCAUGCCUUCGUUACAAGCCGCUUAUGCUUAUCCUGGUCCGAAAUAUUUUUAUUAUUACGAUUUUGUAACCAAUUCAAGCGCUGCAGAUAUCGGAAAAAUAUUUUUCAACACAUCCAAAAAAUACGAUAUAAAAGGCGCUGUUCAUAGUGACGAAAUGGAUUUAUUAUUCGUUGGUCGUCGUGCUCGUAAUUUACGCGAAGAACAAAAACCCCUAUCUGAGAAACUGAUCGCCUACUGGACUAAUUUUAUAAUCACAGGAAAUCCAAACUCAGAAGAUCUGCCAGUAUGGAAUCAAUUACAACCAGACACCGGCGAUUAUUUACACAUCACGAACGACCGAAUUGAAAUGGAAAAAGGUUUACUUCGCGAUAGAUACGAGCUGUGGAAAAAUAUCAAUAAUUUAUAAAUAAACGCGGUUACGCAAAAUAGUAGAUGGGUACCUAACAUUACAAAAUGUACCUUCUGAGAAUUAUUAAGCUACAUCCGAUACUUUGAUCUUGAUAUUCGAAUAUUCUAAGGAUGACGAAGUACCUAUGUACAAAUGAGCUAAGGUUUUCUUACUUCAUUUUGAAAUCAAGAAAAUUCAUCAUCAACAUCCCUAUAUCUAUACAUUUCCUUAAAAAUCCAUCCUUAUCUACGUAGAUUAUCUAUUCGUAGCCGCUCAAAUUGAUUUACGUACCUACUUUAUAAGUAAAUGUACUCGGGUCACUUAUCUCGGAUUGAUUCAAUAAUCAGAAUCAGACUAGCUAUGUACUUACUGUAUUAGAUUCUACCAGUAGAUACCUAUUACCUAUCUAGUGUUCGUAGUAAGCUGAGUGAAAUUAAGUAUUAUGUGGCGACAUUUAUUGUUUUUAAUAUUUUGUACAAGUACAUUCGUAUUAAAGUAUA